AUGAGAACAGACAAAUUAAGUUUGGCCGAUAUUUGUAAAUUGCAAUACGAUUUACAUGAGAAUAAUGAUUCCGAACCAGUGGAGAGCAAAAAACAGAAAGAAUUUUCUUUGCCAUCAUCAUUAAAAUUAUCUUCGCUCCAGAACGUAUGGAUAGUUGUCCGUGAUGAUAGGGAAUAUAUAUUAUUUGAUGAAGAAAAAUUUAUUUCCGAACGAGGGAAUGCCAUCCUGUCCUCUGUUGUGAAUGAACAUGACCGAUCAUCUCCUUUUGAAAAUUCAAUUGAUCCUAUCGAGUAUUUAAAAAGUGGAGAACUUGUGUUAUUUCCGAGACCAAAGCGAUCCUCAAGUGAUGAUGGACAGUCAUUCAAAAUUAUCAUUUCAUUACAAGAACUAUUGGAAUAUUACAGACAUUUUCCCAAUUUUCAUUGGUCCAAAUAUCCUCAACUAUUAGAAUUGAUUAGAAACAAUUUAUUGAGACAUGAGAAGCGGUCGUUAGAGAGACUGGAAGGAGAAUACCUUGAGUAUCAAAAACAACAAUUGGAUUUUAUGCGAGAAUAUCAUCGAUUUGUCUCGAGAUUUUCAUUAACAGAAUGGCUUUCGAAUUUAUUUAAAAUUCAUGUGUUGGGUGUGAAGAAGAAAGAAACUUCAGAAUUAAGAGAAGAAGAACCAAUCACUUCAAAAGACUUGACAAAAUCUCGAAUCAUGACAUCUUUUCGUCACCUUCUUCCAUACGUUACCUUAAUGGCUCUCUUUUGGAUUUUCAAACUACUCACCAAGCUUUUAUCAUUGAAACGACGGUGA